AUGGAUGCUAGCAAUAACACGGCGAGCAAUGUGGCCCAAGCGAUUCUCGCCGUCCUCGAUUAUAACUCCACUCCCGAUGCUCGCAAAGCGGCGGUUGCAUUCCUCGAAUCACUUAAAUCUGGAGAUAUCAGGGUUCUAGCAAACAUUUCCUUAACUCCAGAAAAAGGAGUGUUCUUCAGAAAUUCGACUGCAUGCCUUCAAAAUGCUACAGAGAUCGCUAGUCCAGGUGAAGAAUGGUCUCUGAAGAGUCAGUCAGCUGCCCUUGUAGCUGAGAUAGUUAGAAGAGAAGGCCCCGAUCUUUGGCAGGAGUUGUUUCCUUCACUAGCUUCCUUGUCUACACAGGGCCCUUUACAAGCUGAAGUGGUCGCAAUGAUGCUGAGAUGGCUUCCUGAAGAUAUUACAGUUCACAAUGAGGACUUGGAAGGUGACAGGCGUCGGCUACUGUUGCGGGGACUUACUGAAUCUUUGCCUGAGAUUUUGCCGUUAUUGUAUAAUCUUCUCGAGAGACACUAUGGAGCUGCGAUGAGUGAAGCUAGUAGGCAACAGGUUGACUUGGCAAAACAGCAUGCGGCUGUGGUUAUGGCUUGUAUAAAUGCUGUCAAUGCAUACGCCGAAUGGGCCCCUGUUCUAGAUCUUUCUAGAUAUGGGAUUAUUAAUGGGUGCGGGGCCUUACUUUCUUCUCCUGACUUCCGUCUUCACGCUUGUGAGUUUUUCAAACUUGUCUGCUCAAGAAAAAGACCCAGUGACACUUCUGGUGCUGAAUACGAUUCGGCGAUUAGCAGUCUGUUUCAGAGUCUGACGAAUGUCUCCAGGGAAUUCUUAUACAGAUCAGCUUCAUGUGCUGGAGUUAUAGAUGAAAGCGAUUAUGAGUUUGUUGAGAGUAUAUGUGAAAGUUUGGUUUCCUUAGGCUCAACAAACUUGCAGUGUAUUGCUACUGAUGAUGGCGUUCUCGCUUUAUACCUUCAACAGAUGCUUGGUUUCUUCCAACACUUUAAGUUGGGUCUUCACUUUGAAGCAAUGCUCUUCUGGCUGACAUUAAUGAGGGAUUUACUUUCAAAGCCAAAGGCUGCCGUUUAUCCAAAUGGAGAGGGCCCAGCAGUUGGUGGUGUUAAUGAAAAGAAAAAGAUUCUAAGUCUCAUUAAUGAUGAUAUCUCUAGCGCAAUCCUGGAUGUAUCUUUUCAACGAAUGCUCAAGAAAGAAAAAGUCCCUCCUCGAAUUGCUCCUUCUUUUGGGCCACUAGAACUUUGGAGUGAUGACUUUGAAGGAAAGGGAGAAUUUGGCCAAUACCGAUCAAGGCUUUUAGAAUUGGUCAAGCUUAUUGCUUCUCACAAGCCUCUGGUUUCUAGUACUAAAAUAUCCGAGAGGAUUAUCAGUCUCAUUAAGGAUCUAUUGGCUUCUCCAGUUCCUCUUCAGGAUGUGGCAGUGAUGGACAGCCAGCAAUUGGCAUUUGAUUGUAUUGUGACAACUGUUUUUGAAGGAUCAAAUGAGUUUGCUUGUGGUAGUUCUGAAGUUCAUUUUUCACUUCGUGGAAUAUUUGAGGGCUUACUUCAGCAGCUUCUGUCUUUGAAAUGGACUGAGCCGGAACUUAUAAAAAUGCAUGGGCAUUAUCUGGAUGCAAUGGGUCCCUUUCUCAAGUAUUUCCCAGAUGCAGCUGGAAGUGUUAUCAACAAAUUAUUUGAACUUCUUACCUCUCUUCCACAUAUUGUUAAGGAUCCAGCAACAAGUACUUCAAGAAUUGCAAGAUUGCAGAUUUGUACAUCUUUUAUACGAAUAGCUAAAGCCGCUGAAAAAAGUGUUUUGCCUCACAUGAAGGCUAUUGCUGAUACAAUGGCAUAUUUGCAAAGAGAAGGAACUUUGCUCCGUGGGGAGCAUAACAUUUUGGGUGAAGCAUUUCUUGUUAUGGCUUCGGCAGCAGGAGCUCAACAGCAGCAAGAAGUUCUUGCUUGGUUGUUGGAACCAUUGAGCCAACAGUGGAUCCAAUCAGAGUGGCAGAAUAAUUAUCUAUCAGACCCUAUGGGUCUUGUUCGUCUGUGCUCCAACACACCCUUCAUGUGGUCUUUGUUUCACACGGUUACAUUCUUUGAGAAGGCACUCAAGAGGAGUGGACACAGAAAAAGCAACUUCAAUACGACGUCGGUAACAAGUCAAGAUCUGCAUCCUAUGGCUCACCAUCUUUCUUGGAUGUUGCCACCUCUCUUAAAACUGCUCCGUGUUAUACAUUCCCUUUGGUCUCCCUCAGUCUAUCAGACACUACCCCCAGAGAUGAGGGCAGCUAUGACAAUGGCUGAUGUGGAACGAUACAGUCUUCUUGGGGAAGCAAAUCCUAAACUGUCAAAAGCCUCGUCUGUUUAUGCUGAUGGAUCUUUUGAUGGUGGUAGAGAAGGACAAUCUGAGGCAAAUGAAGCUGAUGUGCGAAAUUGGUUGAAAGGUAUCCGAGAUAGUGGAUACUGUGUCUUGGGUCUAUCAGCAACAAUCGGAGAUACAUUUUUCAAAUGCGUAGAUGCUAACUAUGUCACAGUGGCACUCACGGAGAACAUACAGUCGAUGGAGUUCAGGCACAUGCGACAGCUCAUUCAUUCCUUUGUAAUAUAUGCAGUCAAAUCUUGUCCGGCGGAAAUGUGGGAGUCAUGGCUUGCAGUGCUCGUACACCCAUUAUUGAUUCAUUGUCAGCAAGCUACCAGCUCCUCUUGGCCCAGUCUUAUGCGCGAGGGCAGAGCUAAAGUUCCAGAUUCCUUCGGCGUACAAAAUGGGCCGGACAUGAAACUUGAAGUAAUGGAAGAAAAACUGCUGAGGGAUUUAACUAGAGAGAUUGCCAGCCUCCUUUCAACAAUGGCUUCUCCUGGCUUAAACCCCGGGCUUCCUAUUUUGGAGCAUUCAGGCUAUGUGGGACGUGUGGACAUGUCUAAUCUCAAGGAUUUGGUUGCAUUCAAAUCCAACUCUAUGGUUGGUUUCCUCCUAAACCACAAAAACGUGGCUCUCCCAGCACUGCAGAUCUGUUUGGAAGUGUUUUCAUGGACAGAUGGGGAAGCAACCACCAAAGUCUGUGGCUUCUGUGGUGUUGUUAUCCUUCUAGCUGUUCUAACAAACAACGUUGAGCUCAGAGAAUUUGUCUCGAAAGAUAUGUUUACUGCGGUCAUUAGAGGCUUAGCCAUGGAGUCAAAUGCCGUUAACAGCGCUGAUCUAGUUAAUCUAUGCCGGGAAAUAUUUAUUUAUCUCUCUGACAGAGACCCAGCUCCUCGUCAGGUUUUGCUUUCACUUCCUUGUCUCUCUCCCAACGACUUACGUGCUUUCGAAGAAACUGUGGCGAAAACUUCAAGUCCCAAGGAGCAGAAGCAACUCAUGAAGAGCUUGUUGCUGUUAGGUACGGGGAAUAACUUGAGAGCACUUGCUGCUCAGAAAACCGUGAAUGUUAUCACCAAUGUCACUUUAAGAUCACGCGGACCAGCAAACACUUCAGAAGCUAAAGAAGAAGAAGGGGAAACGAUCGGGUUGGCUACUGUUUUGUGA